UCGGUAAAUGGACGUUUGAUGUGGUUGUUUGUCAAGAGUGUCCCAUUGUCUGUUUACAGUGAAUUAUUUCCCAUUACUAUAAUCCUAAUUGAAGUAAAAGGUUUUAAGGAGUAGAUGAAGGUGACAGAAUGUCUCGCAACAAAGACAAGCAUGAGGGCGCUAGCGGGCGCACUUACCACAUCAUGUCGGAGGCCGAGCGGGCGUCUGGCCGCCGCGGGGGCUGGACCACGCUUGAGGUAACAGGAGGUGUGCGCGCUCUAGCGCCUCAACUGUUCCAAUUGACGCACCUAACCGCUCUGUACCUGAACGACAACUCGCUGCAGAGGAUCCCGCCCGACAUCAACCAGUUGGCCAACUUGCACACACUGGAUAUAUCGAACAACAAGCUUAGAUCGCUGCCCGCUGAGCUCGGAGACCUUAUACAGCUCAGAGAACUGCACCUUCACAACAAUUACCUCCGAGUGCUUCCAUACGAGCUCGGCAAGCUGUUCCACCUUCAACUCCUGGGCUUGGGAGGGAACCCGCUCAGUAAAGAAAUGCUCUCGAUAUACAACGACAACAACGGUACUGCGAAGCUGCUUACGUAUAUGCUGGAUAACUUGCAAGUUUCUGCCACUCUACCGCCACAGAGGCCUUGGAUACCAUUGACCCGACCGAACAGGACGCGUCCUACUUGUAUAUUCACAGUGAUGUGUUACAACGUGCUAUGUGACAAGUACGCGACGCGACAGAUGUACGGCUACUGCCCCAGCUGGGCGCUCGAGUGGGACUACAGGAAGAAGGGCAUCCUCGACGAGAUCAGACAUUACUCCGCCGACAUCAUCAGCUUACAGGAAGUGGAAACAGACCAGUUCUACAACUUCUUCCUGCCAGAGCUGAAACAGGACGGUUACGACGGUAUAUUCUCACCCAAGUCCCGAGCGAAGACGAUGGGCGAAUCUGAGAGGAAGUAUGUCGACGGGUGCGCCAUCUUCUUCAGAUCUGCUAAGUUCGCGUUAGUGAAGGAACAUCUUAUAGAGUUCAACCAACUGGCAAUGGCUAACAGUGAGGGAUCAGAUAAUAUGUUAAAUCGUGUCAUGCCGAAGGACAAUAUAGGGCUGGCCGCCCUUAUCAAGACUAAAGAGGCGGCUUGGGAAAACGGACUACCAACAGACUCAUCAAUGCUGGGUCAGCCUAUCCUAGUCUGCACAGCUCACAUCCACUGGGACCCUGAGUUCUGCGACGUGAAGUUGAUCCAAACGAUGAUGUUGAGCAACGAGCUGCGCACGAUACUGGACGACUCGGCGCGCACGCUGCGGCUAGCGGGGCAGCGGGAUAACGUGCAACUGUUGCUGUGCGGGGACUUCAACUCGCUGCCUGACAGUGGUGUGGUGGAGUUCCUAUCCUCCGGCCGCGUGUCUUCGGAGCACCGCGACUUCAAAGAGCUCGGGUACGCGGGCUCGCUGCGCCGCAUGGCGGGCACGGAACAUGAGUUCACGCACAACUUCAAGCUGGCCUCCGCCUACAGCGAGGAUAUUAUGCCCUAUACUAAUUAUACGUUUGACUUCAAGGGUAUAAUCGACUACAUAUUCUAUAGUAAGCAAUCAAUGACUCCCCUGGGUCUGCUGGGCCCGUUGUCGCAGGACUGGUUCAGAGAGCACAAGGUCGUCGGCUGUCCACAUCCGCACAUACCUUCAGAUCACUUCCCUCUGUUGGUUGAGUUGGAAAUGUCGCCGACUGCCAACUCGAACUCCAACGGACUCAUCGGGCGCAGGUAGCACGCGCCGCGCCGCGCUCGGCGACACCACUAGCCCGCCAGCCACCAGCCACGUAGCCACGUAGCCACCCGGCCACCGGCCACCAGCCACCCAGGCAGCGACCGCGCGACACAACUUUUCAUGAAGAACAGUGUUGCUAGUUUUGAAAUAGGAACUCUAAUGAUUUGACACUUCGCGGUUGUGUGGCUGAAUGCAUGUUUGUAGAAGAAGGGUUUAUGACCUUAAGUUGUUUAUGGUACCUACAUUUUAUGGCUAUUUGAAGUGUGACCUUUUUCAUCUGCAAAAGUAAUGACUUUGUUUUUAAGUUGUUAUUUUUUGGGUUAUCAAACAAAAACUAUAACUUUUGACAAAUGAGCUUCAGGUCUUUUCGCCAUUCUUCUACAGAUAUAAUGACAGUUAUUGGCGAUUUAACAACAAAAGUGUCUCCAUAAUCGUAUAUUCGCCAUCUGCUAAGAAAAGUCAGUCAUAUAACUGCAGAAGUCUACUCUACAUUAAAAUAAAAUUAAAAAAUAUUUUUCAAAGCGCUAGGAUUUGUACGCGGUGUUUGAUAAGUACUAGUGAAUAGUAAUUUAAAUAAUUAAUUACCCAAUUUCAACAUCUUGACUACUACUUUAUCAAAAUCGCUUCAAUUCUAGCGUUUGGAAACAUUAACCGACCAAAUAGUAUUACCCGGUUUCGGGAACUAUAACACCAAAAGUUUGCGAAUGUCAACAUCUAUCUUAUUUAGAACAAAGAGUUUCGUGCAUAACUUUGAGUAAUUGGUCGAAAUUUUGCAAAAUUAGCUUUCAACUAUAUUAUCUAUUGUUAAUUCCUGUUUCAAGCCGCUAUAACGCGGUUUAAUUUCAAACCUACAACACCAAAAUAUCAAUGUUCAGUCUAAAAAUAAUCUUUACAAAUAUCAGUAACUAGCUUAUGAAUCGUUUAUGUACAAAAUAACUUAGUCUUAAGUACUUACUUAAAAUCAUCUCAUAGUGUACUCAGCGUUGUUUUUGUUAUGUCGCACGGUUGACACGGUACGUCUCCCGAUCCGACGUUACUUUAAUAGUUAGUCUUUUCAAAUCGAAGACUGCCACUCUAUUUAUUAUAAACGACAUUUUUGCACUAAAAUGUUCCAAAAAUGUCGCUUAACACAAAUAGAAUGGAAGCCUUCGAAGUGUAUUUUGUAUACCGUUGCAGAUGAUACCGAACGUCGUUUUCUCUUCACUGGACUAUUUACUACGUGUAGUUUACUCGUUAGUUCACCUAGCACUUGAAACUGUCUCGAAAUUUUGUUUUUUGCUCAAUAUCUAGACGUUAAAAUAACCCUCUGUAGACAGCUUCAGAAGUUGAUUAGUUAAAGCAAAUUAGAUUUUACUAUAGUUAAAUGAACGAAAUAUUUUAGAGAAAAUAUAUAUUAUAAUCGAUCGUCUCUGUUCAAUACCGCUGAAUAUCGUGCUUUAGAGGUGUCAGGACAUGAUAUAUUUUUAUAUAUUAUCUUGUAGGCAAUAUGGACACUGCCAACGUAUGAUAUACCUCGGAGAGUACAAAGCGGAGGGAUGUGCGCGAGUGUACAGUGUUAUGGACGGUGUACCUCGUGAUGUACACUUGUGUACAGCACUAUGUACAGUGUUCGUCGUACUGUACACACUCGUGCAGCCACAGCGGCGCGUUGUUGCAACUAGUUAAAGCCUUUACGUUUCAGUGAACAGAUUACGGACCCUAGAUUAGUAUUAUAUUAGUUAGAUGCAUGGAAAUUUAAACACGAACGCCUUUCACGUUUUUCGGAAUGAUCGUGACAUAGUUUAGUGCGUGACGAAUGACAGUGCAAUUGUUUAUAACGAAAUCUGAAUAAUAAAAUUAUAUAAUUGUAAUUAUGAAUAUUGAUUCAGUAAAAUAUGAAUGAACUAAAAUGAGACCUACGCUUAUUGUGUCAAUAAAAUUGUAUGGAAGAAUAGUAAAGAUAAAUAUUUUUUCAGUCGAUUACGACAGCAAUUUUACGCUUAGUUUUUCGAUGUAUUAUACUAUACAGUUGAGGAAUACAAUGUAACUCAUUAAUGUUGUCUGAAGAAAAAUAAAAGACCUAAGUAGUAGAGGGCGCCACUCUAGAUGUGUCUCAAUUUAUAUCUGCAUAUUCAAUGUAUCUGGCGUCGAUAAGGUUUUUUAUUUUUCACGUAUUAUGUACCACAGGAUUAUAAUAUCAUGUUCGAAAUUAAAAAAAAAUAAAACAUUUUUUGUGUGAAUGUUUUAAACGUCCAUUUACCAAUUAGUAAAAAUUCCUCCACUGUAUAAUAUUUAGAUAAUAUUUUUGGGAUGAUAAUGCAAUGUUCGUGUCUGUGUUGUGGUGUGGGUAGGAGGGAACAUUCCCUCUCGCCCUCACUUGUACUGUGAGGAUCAGUGAGACUAGAGUUCUGUGUAGGCACGCUUUGUAUUUAACUAUAUCGUGUUGUUUAGACGUUACUGUGCGUUUCGCGAUCAAUAAUGACUAUGGAAUGCUCUAGAAAGUUCUAUGUAUAGCUACUUAAUUUGAAUCUUCGAAGUUCGCUACUAGUGUCUGUGCAUACGCGAGGCAGUAAAUGGCUGACUUCAGAGGAGUAAAGUUGUAUGAAGCUGUGCAGCUUUUGCUUUAAGGUGGCCGAUGAUCAGGCCAGUUGAACGCCAUUAAUCAGCUACGAGUUACUUAGUGGUGCAUUUAACUUUGAGCAUACCAUGAUAUGGUUAUGCCGUGUUCGCUCGUCUCGGCGUGUGACGAGUGAAGUCGCAGGUACCGUACGUGUGACGUCACACAACGCGACAUCGUUAGUACUUCCAGGGCCGGGUUGUAACAUAGCUAUCAUAAAUCUUUAAUAAUCGAAUAGAAUAUUUGAAUUAUUUUUGAUACUUAAUUAUCUAUUAUAAAGUUUUAUAUAGACCAUUGUUAAUCUAACACUGCCUACGAAGAACAUCACUGGUGUGCAAUAAAUUUUAGAAUAUCUUAAGUGAUGUGAUAUAGUGUUGUUUCAUAAAUAUAUUACCUGACACGUGAGUCUCUGCGUCGGACAAACAACUUGUUGUCUCAGGCUUCCAUCCGAGUACCUGCUGGAGUAUGUACACAUAGUGAUGUUUAGGUUCAUUCUAUUUUAUUUGAAUAGGUCUCUGCGUGUCCAAUGCAGUCCUUUACAAGAAGUUUGGUGUAAAACUGAAGCAAUCCAAGCAAUAGUAAUUAAUAAUAGUAGCAUUGAAUAUAAAGACAUUGUUGAGUCGGUGAUGUCUGCUGAGUGCCUUUAGUAGUGAGGUGCUGAGCGUUGUGUCCACAGCAACAGUUGCAUUCGUUUACUUAGCUAGGAUCGUGUUCCCCUCUGUUAGAGUCCAGUUGUCCGUUUGUAGGCCGCAUUGUUUGACUCCAGUACUACGUAAACUUCUUGCGCGAAGGCUGUCUCACUGAUUCGUGAGUGUUAUUAAGUGGUUUAGGCAUUAGAUGGCAUUUCUAUCGGUAUUGUAGACUCGAUGACGUUCGGUUCGGUUGGCGCGGUGCAGUCGCGUGGCGUUGAACAAAAGUAGAGCGGCGGCCGCUAGGUCGGAGUUAGGUUUUAAUUGUGACAAUUGUAGCAACAAACUACUCAGCGAGACUUGUAUACCCUCCCUCUAUCUUCCUUCCCCGUAAGUUUAUUAACGUCUGUCUGCGUAUGUAAGUGGAGAGUUGUGUAGCUUAGUGUAAGUCUUGAGUUUUAUACGAAUGGUCUCCUUCGCGGGUCCGUCGCCGGACGCCCCCCUCCUAGCUGUAAGUAGGUUAUGUUAUGUGACGAUCGAGACCCUCCCCUAUUACAUGUUCGGAUUACGUAUCAUUGUUACUAUUCACAAAAUAACUAUCGUUAGUCGGUAAGGCGUUUCAUUUGGUUCUGUCGAAACAAUUCAGUAUUCACGUCGUCUCACGAGAGGGCCGAUCAAAAAUUGCGAAACGAUGUUAGAUGCAUUUUAUUUUUAGUUUUAGUAAGUUUUUUAAUUGAUGUUCCGGGGGCGUCCGACGGUGGCCCGCUCCACUCUAGUAAUAGCGGGUAUAGCAUACUGGCGUAGUACAAAUGUUAGUGUGAGUGUCGAUGUUAGCGCGGCCGCGUCGCGCCGCUCGGCUCGCUAGUCAGGCGGCGGCGCGGCGGCGGCGGCCCGGCUCGGUGUCGGCUCGCCGGCCGCUUGCGGUCCAGCUCUUGCGCAAUGUUCUCGUUGUGAAGCGUUAGUUGUUUCAUCGGAAUAAGUAGUGAUAUUUACAAAAAAAAAAUCACCUAUAUUAUAAACAAAACUAUUUGGACCACUGCAUAGUUGUAUCUACGCUUAUUUUUUGUCAUCUCCAUUGGAAUAAUUUGUAUCGAAUAAUUAAUUGAUUUUGAAUAUUUUUAUUCAGUAUAUUAUAUUAUUAUGACUAUUAUGUAUAUCAACGACAGGUGCUGUUGUAUUUAAUUUUUAAUGUUACUAAUGUGAUUGUGAUAGGGAUACGUCUCUCUUGUAAUCUAUCUGAUGUAUUGUGAAGAAAAAUUAAGCCAAAUCAUAAAAAGGGUAUAUUGAAUUAUUACUUUUAGGAUAAAUGGAGUUAAAAUGAAGUUUUAUACGAAUCAAAUUUUACUACUGACGCUGUAUAAUUUUUCUAAGUACAGUAGAUUUAAAAUCAUAUCAUGAUGAUCUUGUUCUAGUACUCGUGUAAAUUAAUGUAGGUUUAAGACUGUUGAGUGACGCGUUGGAACUGGUUCGCGGCGUCAGAGCACAAACUAUCACCAGUCGUUACCUAAGUCUAGCGUAUAUUAAUAUCUAUUUACAUUGCCGCGGAACGGUCUCAACGCACAUUAUCCAAUUUGCCUUCAUCGCACGUAACAAUUUCAAAUGUUAAAUUUAAGUUAACAUGAGUAUUCGAAACGAUCUAAUGUUUUCUCUUUAAAAAUAUCCACAAAUAGAUUUUUAAAAUAGUAGUGAGUAUUUUUGCAUUUACAGUGUUGAUAUCUUAUGAAGCAUAAUAACUAGGACUACGUACAGUCGACCUCGGAACAAUAGCAAUACAAUAGGACAACAAUUAUCUGCUAAGAUUUGGCUUUACAUGAUUCUGUAUUCUGAGUUAUACUUACGCGACAACCAUUACUCUAUUCGUACAGUCGUGCAGAGCUACGCGCUUGCACAUUAUUUAUUAAUUAGUAUUGAUUGAACAACAUGUUUGUAAGGGUGUUCAGCUAUACAUAGAAUGCAUAUUUCUAAGUUUGUUGAACCGUUACAGAAUUGUUCUACUCCAUACCAAUUUAGAAAUAUGCAACAUUGUACGCCUGAACACGCUCACAGACACGUAUGUAAGUUUUAUGCAAGUUUUUAGUCUGUUACAUAAGUUUCACAGUAUUGAAUGAAACCAAGAGAACACAACCACGAUGCGUAAGUAUCGCUUAUGAAUAAUCUAGAGCUUUAUUGCAACAAGUUUAUCUUAUUUGUAGAACAUAUAUGAUCUCUUUAUUUUUAAUAGAAUUUUGAUGGACAUUUUUACUUAAUAGUUGUAGCAGUGUGUAGCGUUGAAAUAGGAAUUUAUAUCGCACAUUACAUUUGUUAUAUUCCACUGUAAGUAUAUUUAUUAAUUUACAAAAACUGAUGCCAUCCAAAAUUGUGACAAGCACUUUUUGUUCGUGUCGUUGAAACCUCUCCGCGCUUAAUCAUUAUAGAAUCUUUUUAAUUACAUAUUACAAUAUCGUGCUAUUGAUUAUUCCUUUUGGAAUCAUUUUUUUAUUUGUACAUAUUUGUAUCAUAUCCUGACUGUCUCUUAGUGUAAAUAUUCAAACGUUAUGUUUGUACAAUCCUGUUAGUUCUUCAACGGGAGGCUUCAACGAUGCUGCUAAGUUUUGGAUAGUGAUUCGAAUUAACCACGAGAAGCCUUCAUGUUGUGUGUAUAUUUAAUUUGUAAAUAUGUAAUUUCGAUAACAAUUAAUGCUAAACAACGAGCGAGCCGUCGCAUAUUGUCAGCCGUUUGGACUUCUGCGCACACUGAACCCGACAGACACAGCUACGGAACACUUAGCUUCACUUAGUUACGUGAACGCACAUUCAUGACAGACAUUCCACAGGCACCGAAUUAGCUCAAUAUGAAAGACUGUUCGAGACUUAUAAAAAAAAGAAUAUCAUGAUAAUUAAAAAUAUUUUCUGAAGCACCUUAACGAGUUUACAAAAUGUGUUUUAUGGUGAUUUAAUGAUAAGAUCGCAAUGUUUAACUCACUAGUAUGUAAGGACAAAUGCUUUACGACUCUGUGAUAGACAAUACAAAUUUACCUGAGAGACACCAUAGGCAUUUAUGAGAAAUUUAGACGAAUCGUCAUAUGGAAAUGGAAUGUAACAUAUACUCUCAGAUUUAGAAACGGACACCGCUUGCCUUUGUGAACAUCUUUAGGACCACACUGACAUUGAACUGAUUAACGUUGGAUAAGUGAAACACGAAUAUUUUGACUCUUGAUACUCUUCAAACAUCACAUACACUUGACUCACAGGAACAAUCGGUGUUUGUUUCGACUAUAAGUGUAAUAAAAGAUCUAUAAAAGUACAAAGCGUAUGUGCAGAAGUUCGGUCGCGGCUCGAUUCUGUGUUCGAGCGGUAAAGUGCGUACGUAUGUGUGUGUGCUUGUAUGUGCCGGCUGCGGCAGUUGUUAGUGUGUGCGGCCGCGCGGCCCGCGUCUCGCUGUUCUGUUUGUUGAUACAUUAUGUAUAUUUGAAGGAAUCAAAAAUUAUAAGAUGAAUUUUA